AGGCGGCGGCCGGAGUUUCGGCGGGGCCGGGCCAGCGCCGGUCACAUGGCGGGGAGCGGCGGCGGCAGCCGGCGGAGCGGGGGGCCGGGGCGGCAGCAUGGCCCUGGAGGACCCGUUCUCCGCCGUGCGGGGGGAGGUGCAGAAGGCUGUGAACACGGCCCGGGGGCUGUACGAGCGCUGGUGUGAGCUGCUGCAGGAGACUCAUGUCGUCAGCACGGAGGAGUUCGACUGGACCACGAACGAGCUGCGCAACAGCCUGCGGAGCAUCGAGUGGGACCUGGAGGAUCUGGAGGAGACCAUUGGCAUUGUGGAGUCGAACCCUCGCAAGUUCAGGAUCGAAGCCAGCGAGCUGACGGAGAGACGGGCCUUCGUGAGGCAGAUGCGGGACUCUGUCAAGGAGAUGCGGGAUCACAUAUCCAGCCCGUCAGCCCUGGCCUUCGCUGAGCGGAAAAACAGAGAGAUGCUGAUUGGCGGUGGGGCCAGCCAGAAGCCCCCCCCGGAGCGGUCCGGGCAGCUGCGGGAGGAGCUGGUGUCAGCCAAUUCCCGCUAUAUUGAGGAGCAGCAAUUGCAUCAGCAGCUGAUCAUAGACCAGCAGGACGAGCAGCUGGAGCUGGUGUCGGGCAGCAUCCGGGUCUUGAAGCACAUGUCGGGCCGGGUUGGGGACGAGCUGGACGAGCAGAGCUUGAUGCUGGAGGAGUUCGGCCAGGAGAUGGAUCACACCCAGUCCCGCAUGGACGGCGUGCUGAAGAAGAUGGCCAAGGUCUCCCACAUGAAGAGCGACCGGCGCCAGUGGUGUGUGAUCGGCGUUCUGCUUGUUCUCCUCAUCGUGAAACGAAAACCGACGACGAUGGGAACGAAAGGGAAACCAAAGCAACCAACCAAAAAGCUGCCCAAAAACCCAGGUGCCGCUUCCCAACUCAAACGCGUGAAGUGAAGUCCAGAUUGGAAAGAAAACUCAAACAAUCGUGUGAAUAAAUUUGCCAGCUCAGAAAAAAAAAUCCCAUUGCCGGAGUGGGGACGGGGGGGCUUCCCACUUGAACCUGGCGAGGGGC